UAGAUCGGACAGUUGGAAAGUCAUGGCAGUGCGUGGUAGCAUUUCCAGCUCCUUUAAAACGGGGGAAAUGUCGCGGCCAAUGAACGGUUAGAACAGUCGUCGGACUUCAAAGAAGGGAGAGGUGUCGGAAAUAAACAGCAAAUGCCCAGUGGCCCUUUAUAGGUCCCUGGCUUUUAGGCUGCACUACUGGCACUCCACAAUGCCCCAUCUGCACCCUUACACUGUGAAUCAGCGCAAUCAGACGACCCUGCAGAGAACUUUCGCUUCCACCACCCACCACGGUUUAGCUGUUCUAUGAUUUCCUCAGUCGCUGUCAUUGUUCUCUUCCCUGAGUCGACGUAGUCCGCACCGACGUAGUCCGCACCGUCAUGGCAUCCGGGCAGGGUGAGAUCCCAGGUCAAUCAAGGAACAGUCCACCAAAAUGCAAUGUAGCCAGAGCGAUAGAGUCAGGCAGCCCAGUGGGGGCCAUGCCUGAGGUGUCCCACCCCAUUGGAAUCACCCGCCGCGCUUUCAGCUACGACGACUCCCUCGACGCGCCCAUGGUCUCCCCUCCCUCUGACUUCAGCUUCAACAUCCUGUGGCACAAGCCUGUGAUUCCCGAAAGAAAGUUCCGCCACUUUUCUGAGGGGGACAACUCAGGGAAUUUACAGACUCCUGGGACCUUCGAAGCUUCUCCAUCGAGGCCCACCGGCCCUGUGACCAAGGCCAAAGCCUCGUCCCUUGUCUUCAGCUCCCUCGUGACCAAGCAGACCCUGGAGAGCAUCCAGAGGUUCGAGCAGCGCGCUGGGCUGACGGUUUUCACGUCGCACAAGGGGCUGAGUUCCGAGGAGACGCGAUACCUGCACGUGGCGGAGGCUCUGCACAAGCUGAAGAUGCCAAGUGGGGACGCCAAGGAGGAAAAGCAGACGACAUCCGCACAGUCCACCCCAAGUGUCACGCCCUCCGUCACCCCCAGCGUUACCCCCCACACCUCCCCCAAACAGAAUCGCAGGAGCUGGUUCGGCCAGAGUUCCAUAGCCUUUCAGCCCAUCUCUGAGCUCGACCACAGCGACACGGGUGCAGACAUGGGCGGGACAGAGGGAGGAGGAGGAGGGGAACGCUGGAGCCUGUUUGGGACACGCCCCACCGUGUCGAAGUCCUCCACCGAUCCAGGGAGCUUGACUCUGCAGUCAUACCAGGGGGCCCAGAAGCCCACCCCCAUAGAGCUGAUGAAGACCCAGGUCAACCGUGUGGCCGAAGACCCCGUCAUUCUCAAGGCCCCUAAAAUCGAGCUCCCUGGCCUCGAUGUCAAGAAACAGAUGCCCCGCCCACACAAACUCAAACCCCGGGACUUGAACGUUCUCACCCCCUCCGGCUUCUGACCCCGGCUCCUGGCCCCCUCCCUCUCCCUCGUCUGAGCGUUUUGUAGCUGGUCUACCCUUUUCUUCCAUCUCUGCUUCCUCAAACGAGAGCCGAGAAUAGCAUCUUUCAGGAAGCUCCUUGGUUCCCCACAAGCUUCUGACACCAUGGUGCCAAUUCCCACGUCCGACUGAAACAAG